AUGUGCGGCCGGUUUGCCCUUGCUUACGAUAGCGGGGAUUUGUUUAGAUUGUUAGAGGAAUGGAAUAUACCCGUGAAUACACGCAAGGACACCUCAUCGAAUGAUCGACGUUCACAAGACGAGGAGAUCACUCCAAAUCAGGCUGUUGACAAUCACGACAUUUUCGAAGCUUCUUACAAUAUUGCACCCACCAAAUACUCCGCAGUAUACCGUUCCGAUACCAAAGCCAUUCAAUUUAUGAGAUGGGGCCUAGUUCCCUUUUGGACCAAAGAUGUUUCGCAGUUUAAGACGUAUCGUACCUUCAACGCCCGUUUAGAGAAUCUACAGGAAAGCAAGAUGUGGAUGAGACCUUGUGAGAAAAAACGGUGUGCCGUACUAAUGAGCGGAUAUUUUGAAUGGAAAACUGUUGGAAAGAAGAAGACCCCUUAUUUUAUUUCAAGAAGAGAUGGUAAGUUGAUGUUUGUAGCAGGAAUGUAUGAUUACUUGGAAAAAGAAGAUCUGUAUACAUUUACCAUAGUUACAGCAGGAGGACCCGAAGAGUUAGAAUGGCUGCAUGAAAGAAUGCCCUGCGUUCUGGAACCUGGCACCAAGAGUUGGGAUGCUUGGAUGGAUGUGACUAAGACGGAGUGGAGUACUGAAGAGUUGCUAAAGCUAUUGAAGCCGGAGUACGAUGAAUCAAAGUUACAAUUUUAUCAAGUCACAGACGAUGUGGGGAAGACUAGCAACACCGGAGAACGGUUAAUUAAACCGAUUUUUAAAGAAGAUACAGACAUGUUUAGUGUGAAGACAGAAAAAAAAGGCACUGGGUUUAAAACUGAUAAUGAAGGAGAGAUUAAUGAUGCUAAAGAUAAUGCUGAAGCAGUGAAAAGCGAAGAUAAUCAAGAAGGAAAGGAAUAUUUAAAAUAUGCUAAAAAGGAAGAGCACGAGAGAACAAUUCCAGCAGACGAAACAAGUAUAGGCGAUCGAGUAAAUAAGGAAAAAAAGAAUAAAUCAUCAAAGGACAAGGGAACAAAAAGGAAGAGAAAUAUAGUGGAUAUGCUAGGAAAUCAAAAAAAUUUUAGAGGCAAGAAAGAACUGAAGAAGUGA